CCGCCCGUGCCCGCAGCUCCGCUCCGCUCCGCCGAGGGGAGGUGAGGAGCCGUGGGAGCAGGAUGCUGCCAGACGUCGUGGCGCUGCUGCUGAUGCUGGGGACGAUGGUGAUAGUGCUGGGCCCUCGCUUGGCCACAGGCGGCGGCGUGGGGGGCUACACUCAAGUCAAGUACAUGCAGCCCAUGGUGAAGGGACCCCUGGGACCCCCGUUCCGUGAAGGCAAAGGGCAGUACCUGGACAUGCCGCCGCUGCUGCCCAUGGACCUCAAAGGCGAGCCAGGACCGCCAGGGAAGCCCGGCCCGCGUGGACCCCCCGGGCCUCCCGGCUACCCAGGAAAACCGGGCACGGGGAAGCCGGGAAUGCACGGCCAGCCUGGGCCCGCUGGGCCCCCUGGCUUCUCGGGCAUUGGGAAACCCGGCAUCCCAGGACUCCCCGGAAAGGCUGGUAUGAAAGGGAUGCCCGGAGCCAAGGGCGAGCCUGGCAUGCGUGGGGAGCAAGGGCCGAGGGGACUUCCUGGCCCGCCGGGGCUGCCCGGGCCAGCCGGCCUCUCUGUCAAUGGGAAGCCGGGUCCCCAGGGCGGCCCCGGCCUGCCCGGGUUUCGGGGAGAGCCUGGCCCGAAAGGAGAGCCGGGUCCCCGCGGAGAACGAGGGAUGAAGGGUGAGAACGGCGUGGGGAAGCCAGGCUUACCGGGGCCCCGGGGGAACGGGGGCCCUCCCGGCCCCGCGGGGCCCCCGGGGCCCGCCGGCGUUGGGAAGCCUGGCCUCGAUGGGCUGCCGGGCGCACCCGGGGACAAGGGCGACAUGGGGCCCCCGGGCGGGCCGGGUGUCACCGGGGAGCCCGGCCCUGUGGGGCCGCGAGGACCCCCCGGGAUCGAUGGGAUCGGUGUCCCGGGCGUCGCGGGGGUGCCGGGAAUACAGGGCCCCAUGGGACCGAAGGGAGAGCCCGGGAUCCGCGGCCUCCCUGGCCUGCCAGGCCCCACGGGCUAUGGGAAGCCAGGCAUGCCCGGGCUGAAAGGAGACCGCGGGCAGCCCGGGGCACAGGGAGCCAUCGGCGAUAAGGGGGAGCCCGGCGUUGGUGGGGAGCCGGGCGAACCAGGCCCUGCCGGCAUCAUCGGCCCGCCGGGCCCGCCGGGGUCUAUGGGGCUGCCGGGCAAGCACGGGCUGCCCGGCCCCAAGGGGGACGUGGGGCCGAGCGGGCCCCCGGGAAUGCCGGGGAUGCGUGGAGACCAGGGCCCGAACGGCUUCGCGGGGAAGCCGGGGAUGCCGGGAGAAAGGGGCCUGCCCGGGUCACUGGGACCUCCCGGCCCAACGGGCCCCAAAGGUGAACCAGGGUUCAUCGGCCUUCCCGGGGUGCCUGGGUUGACGGGUGGCCCCGGGCCCAAAGGGGACGGUGGGAUCCCGGGGCAGCCGGGGCUGAGGGGCCCCUCCGGCAUCCCGGGAUUGCAAGGACCUGCUGGUCCCAUGGGGCCUCAGGGGUUACCUGGCUUGAAAGGGGAGCCCGGUCUCCCUGGCAUUCCCGGCGAGGGGAAGACCGGCGAGCCUGGCAUGGCUGGACCUAUCGGUCCACCUGGAAUGCCGGGAACACCGGGGCUGAACGGGCCACCAGGCCCACCGGGGCCACCUGGGCCACCAGGAGCUCCCGGGGUGCUGGACGAGACGGGCAUCGCAGGGCUGCACCUGCCAGACGGUGGCGUGGAGGGAGCUGUGCUGGGCAACGGGAAGCCGGGCAAGCCUCAGUACGGCCGCGGAGAGCUUGCUGCCCGCAUCGCGCCAGCCUUCACUGCCAUCCUCACCUCCCCCUUCCCCGCAUCCGGCAUGCCUGUCAAGUUUGACCGGACCUUGUAUAAUGGACACAAUGGCUACAACCCAGUCACCGGGAUCUUCACCUGCCCCAUAUCUGGAAUCUACUACUUUGCCUACCACGUGCACGUCAAAGGGACCAACGUUUGGGUGGCCCUGUAUAAGAACAACGUGCCAGCCACCUACACCUAUGAUGAGUACAAAAAAGGGUACCUAGACCAGGCCUCGGGCAGUGCUGUGCUUGAACUCAAGGAGAAUGACCAGGUCUGGGUACAAAUGCCCUCGGACCAGGCCAAUGGGCUGUACUCCACGGAAUACAUCCACUCCUCCUUCUCUGGGUUCCUGCUCUGCCCCACAUAACGGCUGUUGGGCACUUUUCCUUUUCACCCACUUUAGCCAUAAACUGUCUUCUUUUUUUUUAUAAAAAAGUGUUUUAAAAUUAAUGCAAAAAAGAAAAAUCACUGGGAAGAACGCGCAAGACAUUGUCAUGAGACCUUGCUUCACGCUGUUUGAUCCAAGAGUCAAGAGGGUAAUUGGGAAGGAGACAUCUAUCCAUCUACCUUUCUUUUUUGGGGGGAGGGAGAAGGGAGGGAGGGGAGCAACUUCCUCAACAAAGCAUAUUUGGAAUAAAUACCCCAGUGACUGGACAUCAAACACAGGAACACGCUUGGGAUGGCAAGGAUCUGGCUCUGUGACCCAGAGAGGGUCAGCUGGAAGACCAGACAGACCCCUGUGGUCUGUAUCAAGUGCCCUCAUUUCCCAUUUGGAAUGCUAGAUAAAUAAAUCCUGCUGUGUCAUGGCUGGCAUGUUUGGUAACCAACGCAGGGUCCCGGGCACUUACACAGAUCCGUACAGCAGGGAUCCACGCUGGAUUGAGAAAUUUCCUUCCAAACCAUCAGAUGCCCAAGUUUCAGGCUCGCUGACACCUGUUUUUCCAGACUGUGCUUUGGGGCAGUCUCUCCAAUUCACUCCGGGUUCAGUAUGGUUGGAUUUAUAAUCCUAAAGAGUGGAACACUUUGCAUAAGCACCUUCUUCUAAGAAGUAAAUAUUAUUUUUAACCCUCCCCCCCAGCAUCUUUAGGAAUAAAAUCAUCCAGGCACUGGUACCUGGGAGGAUGCCACGACCGGUUGCAAAGGCAGUGAGGGAAGCUGGGACCCUCAUGAUGAACAACGAUCUGCUCUCUCCAUUCACCUGCUGGGAAGUCCAAGGGCUGGUCCUGUCCCGUCUGUCUCUGCAGCCCAAAGACUUGUUUGGCCUCAGGAGCAUCUCUGCUCACAUAAGGAUGGCACUGUGAGGCCAGCUCACGGUGCUGCCAGCUGGUGUGACAUAAGGAAGUGCCACCGAUGGACAACUUGCUUUUCUUGUCUCACUAUUUUGGGAUGUGUGAACUCUUGCAUUGGUGUCCCCCCUUUCUCUGGGGAUCUUGGAAUUAAGAAAAUAUAGUGCUAGUUCUAACUUUCCAAGCAGUGAUUUCACCAUGGUGCUAAGACUCAUUUAAGAACAUAAUUUACAAGUGUAGUGCAAUACGUACCUGUGACAGGGCACCAGCCCCGGGGCCACUCCGUGACUUAGGCUGCCUGUCGUUACCACUUUGUCUCUCUAAUGCUUGGAGCGUUACUGACCUGAGCAUGAGCUGCAGGGCUCUAGGCCAGGCAUGAUGACACUGCCCCACAUAGAUCUUGUGGCUCUGCAGGUUUUGUUACAGUAGAACAGUCACUGCCACUCCCAGGACAGGGAUGCUGCACAUCCCAGGCCAGGAGCAUGCUGCUGCAGUCAAUCCAUGUGCAUAUUCCACUGCAUGUCCCUCUGCAAAGGCACAUCCCUGAGAAACAGCAACAGUUUGGUCACCAGCUCUGACCUUUGCAUUUUCCUAAAGCCUGUCUGAUGGCCAAAGAAAUGUAGCAAGACUGGGACUGGGCUUGUUUCCAGAUGGACUCUGAGAUAUUUAAACAACUUUUCUUUUCCUAUUUCUGUUUUGCUUGUUUGUUUUCUCCUCAAGCCUGUCCUGUGUUUCUGUCUCUUGCCAUUCAGGCCUUCCUUUUAAAAACUCACCUAUCCCUGAAAUUAAGAAACACAAGAAGGAAAUUUGCAGUUGGAAGGCCAGUGCUCUGGGCACUGCCUGUUGGGACUGUGUGUCCCCUCCCUGUGAAUUUCUCUCCUUAAAGCUGCAAGUUUCAUGCAGAGAUGAAAUUCCUCAAGCUGAAAGGUGUCUGAUCCCACUGGAUGUUUUUAACUCCUGAGAGCAGGGUCAGGACCAUUUGGGUUGUGGUCCUAACAGGUUAUUUCCCAGCAGGAAGAGGAAUAGUCCCUAAAAUUAAAAGUGGAAGCUUAGAUGAUUUUUCCAAGCCCAGGUUUGGUAAGGGAGGGUUCUGGGAGGGGAUUUGUCUCCUUUUCUGUGGAGAACAGAGGGAUUUGAGCUGGUCCAACCUUGCACAGGGCCAGGAGCUGCCACGCCUGGUGGGAGCUUCAUGCUGCUCCUCAAAGCAACUUAUUUAUACUGUGCCUAAUCUACAGCCCAUCUCUUCUUGUUCUGUUCUGCUUCAUUCCAGACUUCUUGUUCGAGCUGGCAAAAAGCAACAACCAAACUUCUCACUGUAACCACCCCCAGAAUGAGUUUGUCCUGUAGAUACUGUUUUGUAAUUCCACUUUCCCUUCACGUGCAGAGCGAACCCAUAAUCACCCCUCACAGCUAUCUAACCUCUUACAUUUACAAACUAAUGGAAAGCAAAGAUAUUACACGCACAUAGUUAGGCUAAAAAAAAAAAAAAAAAAAAAUGCACAGGAUGAGGGAGGCUGUUCACUCUUCAGAAGGGUUUUUUUUCUGGAAUACUGAGUACAUAUUAGCCAGCAGAAAGGAUUAUUUUCUGUCGUGUGUGUGAGCGCAUGGGAUUUUGGUUUCAAUCACAAGAAUAAAAAAGGUUGGGUUGGAUGAGGUAUGUCUAUUUUUAAUGCUGAAAACUGCAUUAGUUGUGCAUUUUUAUAUACAAAUUCUUACUAUUUUUUUUAAAUUUGCCUCUAGUAUCUUCAUUUCUAACCUAGUAUAUAGAGGUUUUUAGUUUUGUAAAUACUUACUACAUGCACUGUCCUAGUAAAAGUUGGUUUAAAAUGCACUCUUUGUGACCCAAAACUGACCUGCUCUUCACAACUAAAACUGCAGUACUUGAUUGUAUUGACAAACAUCAAUAAAACUUACUGUAUAGAGGGUGGGUUCAGCUGUGCUUUGUCCUGGGACUUACUCUGUCUCAUACAGUUCUCUUACACUGUAUUCCCACCUCAAAUCAUCUCGCUCAUUCCCAGCACAUUCCCUAAUUAACAGCCUUAUGCAAAACAUUAUUGCAUGCUUCUUGUGAUUAAGACUCCAGAAAUUCAGUUUUAGAAAAGGUUGAAAUCCAUAUCCUUACAGCUGGUGAUUUUUAAUUUGAGUGACUCAAGUUGAAGUCUUAGGAAUUCCCUUUCCAUGUGUUUUUUUUCUCAUGAUUUUUUUUAUCCUACAUCACUCACCUUGUGCACAGCCAGCCUCCAUCCUGAGUGAGUCAGGAACACUCAGGACUGGUGACUUACCUGUAAAGCACCUUCACAAGCGCACAGUCCAAAGAGAAUUUUCCCACCUGAUCUCAGCUGGCAGAGGCAAAACUUUUCCAGGGAAGCUUGGCUGACACACAGGCACCUUCAAAAGCUCAUUCCAAGGAGCAAGCCAUCCUCCUGCCUAAUGAGGCUCCAAGUGAAUUCCCUGGUCUCUGCACCAUCAUCACAUGCUGGAUUCCAGCACCUGAACUCCAUCCACAGGCUAAGAAAAAGGGGCCUUUCCAAAGGCCCUCCCUGCAAUGCCCAGCAUCAACUCACCCUUGUACCAAGAACCACUCCUGGUCCUCUUGGCACUGAGGAUGCACAACUUCAUGACUGGAGUGAAAACACCAAAGCAGUGGCUACUUAACAAAGAUAA